GCUGCCCUCGUCGCCGUUGCCGCCGCUGCCCCAAGCCACUUAUAUGAAAGCCCAGUUGUGUACUCGGCUCCAGCAGCUGUUGCAUACCAAGAACCCGUCUUGGCUAAAGUUGGCUCCGUUGUGAAGAGCAUUCCCACCGCUGUCUCCCAUCAAAGCCAGUCGAUUGUGCAUAGCUCAGCUCAUGUUAUCGAGGAUGUGGUGGCACCAGUUGUGAAGACCAGCUAUGUCUCAGCUCCUGUCUUGAAGACCAUCCACUCUGCUCCUCUGGUGCAUACCUCAUAUGCCGCCGCUGCCCCUGUCUUCAAAUCAUAUGGCGCGGCUCCAGUUGUGCACAGUUAUGCUGCGCCUUUGGCUUACGACACUCACUACUCAUCUUGGUAA